ACUUUGCUAAUUGCCUUUAAUUUCGAUUCAAUAGUCUGUGCAUAAAAUCAUCAGAACACAUUAGAGCAUCAUUUAUUAAAGCCUCACCAGUGGAUGAUUAGUUGGGAAAAGCCUAAAGUACUACUACAUUAGAAGGACUCAGAAAACCGAUUGGGAUAUUCAGAAAAUUUCAGACCAUCUGUCUGCGUUUUUAAAGAAGAAUGAAGCAACAGCUAAAACAUCGUAAGAACGUGGCCUUCUGCAACCUCCACGCACUUGAGAUUGCUCUUGGAUUCCUGGGCGUCAACUGUUUCAAGAAACAAACCGUCAUCCGUGUUACCGACUUCAUUGUCUUUCGUUCACUUUAGUUCUACUCUACCCAUUCAAGAAAAACACUCAAAUGCAAUUUUCAACUGUUUAGUCAGACCAAGACGACAUAGCAUGGACAUAGAGAACCGAUCAUUGAUUUCACCAGAAAAACCAAAUAUUAAUGAUUCCUCUAAUUCGCAAAAUUCAAAUAAUUUUGCCACCAGAACGGAACUUCAAAAAGUGAGAAGCGAAUACAAAAAACUUUCGGAAAAAAAUGUUUGUCGUCCGUUUCGGAGAAGAACGGCGGUACCGGAUACUUCAAACAUCAUUUUAAAGUCAGCCCUAAACCCACGACACAAGCGGUCAACAUUCGAGUGUCGAUUGUUCAGCGUUGGAAGUAGAAAUUUCAGCACAAAGUCAAGAACGAAUCGAGACGAACUUGCUCAAACUAAAAAAGAAAGUAACAAAGACGAUAGUCGAAUAUCCACUGCACUCAGCAAUUUUGAAAACCGACCAGAAAAUUAUGAAAAUGAAGAAUCACUCAAAGAAAAAUCAAAUAAGAGCAAUGUUGAUGACGAAGAAAAAGCCUUCGAAGAAGCCGUUAAAAGAUUACUCAUAUACAGCGCAAGCAAACCGGCAGAAAUUGCAAAGGAAAAAGUAACCAAUCAGCCUUCAAUCGUAAGAAAGAACGCAGUCAAAAAGGCCAUUACGUUCCGAAGUUGCUAUUUAGACACAAACAGCGAAAAGGACACGAAACAAUCUAAAAGACUGACAAAAUGUCCAAAUCCUAUUAUUCGACCUGGAUAUAAAUUUAACUCAGACACCACAACUCUUUGUAAGUCUUCCCCAAGAAGAAAGAAAGUGUCGUUGUGGAGACGAGUCAUUUUGAAGCAGCAUCACUUGUCCUGUCAAGUUCAUUUGAAGAGCCAAUAUGGCGUUAGAGCUCGUUAGUCUUCGGUUAUGAUAUACUAGAAUUACUUAAAUGCAAAGUUGUCGAUUAUACCUUUACGUCCAUUAAAACUUUAUAAUUCGCUGUG